AUAUCUUGGAGGCAAAACAAAACAGACAAGUUAGACAUAAGACCCUGGUGUAGAUAUACAUUCAGCUAUUUUUAAUUGUUUCCAUUAUAAUGAAAGCAGCGGUUUUUACAUCGUUUUAAUCCUAUCUAGACGGUGAAACAUUUCCUUUAUGGAGAGUAAAGCGCCUGUUCUGAUAAACGCCGUUCCUCCUUAUGGACAUGUUAUUGCCAGUGAGAAGUGGAGAAACACGUCUCUUAUUCAACAUUUAAAGGGUGGAGGUGUAAAAAUCAUCUUUGAAAAUGAGCUUGGUGUGUCUGAUUUUCAUCUUCCCAAUAAAAGCUGCAUCCUUUAUAUAUCUGAGUGUGACAUUAUAGCAGGAAACAGCUACAAAAGGAAACUGGUUCGCUACAGAAAUGCUGGCAGUAGUUUCCAGGAGUUGGUGCUGGUGGAGAAUACCAGGCUCAGUGAGCAGUACUUCUCAGCUGUGCAGAAAUUUGUGUUGUUUGACCUGGGCUUGACACUUUUGCCAGUCAGUGGACAGACUGAGGCUUCACAACUUAUCACUCAAAUAGUUCAUGGAGAGAGCAGAGAAAACCCCUUCAAGAGGAGGAGUUCAUCUCGCCUCUUAGACCCGCUGGUCUUGGCUCUGGUCCAGCAGGUCCCUGGAGUGGGCAGGGUCAAAGCUCUGGCCCUACUGCAGCAUUUCUCUAGCAUCCACCAACUCUGCAAUGCUGCCCCUGCUGAGCUGGAGUCCAUCGUGGGUCAGGCUGCUGCGCAGCAAAUCCACAGCUUUUUCCACAAACCUACUACAGCUGAUAACUGAAGAUGCUCAAUUUAAGGUCUUAUUUAUUUUAUAUGGAUGAGGUUCCUUUUCAUCAAGAAGGCAAUUACUGUUAUUUGUAUAAAUGUGACUAUAAGUAAAAUUUGGUUAAUAAAAAAAAAUGUUAAAAUAAUAUCUUGGUCAGAUUGUCAUGUCUCUGUUUUAUGUAUUAAUCUCAGCAAUAGAAUUUGGGGCUACAUAUUGUAAAAU